AUGUCGGACAGCCCUGUUCCCGCCCCUCUGAGCCCUACGGCUGCUGAAUUCUUUCCUGGCCAGGCUGCGCAUCCCAGCCCAGCCCCGAGCGAGCGCGUCUCUUCUCCUGCGACGCCGCCCCAGCAUGCUUUGAACGCUCAGUUUCAGUACCAGCUGCCGCAACAGCCACAGGGACUGCCGUGGUGCAGCCCUUCCUUCUACGGGUAUCAGCCAUACCCCCUAUACGACGGGUACACCCACUACUACAACCAAGUUCACAACCCGUUUGACAUGCACGCCACCCCACCCAUGCACUACGUGCAGCCUCAAGGCCCUAUGUGGACUCAAACGCAGACCUCCUAUAUCGGAUACACCGAAGGCACGCCCGACGCUUUCACAGACCAGCACCGCGAGGUCAACAGCGUACGGGCCGGUAGGAUGCCCUACCAGAACCCUCACGGGGAGCACCAUCAGACUGGAAACGGUGCGAACCCCAACACAGCGUACCGGAGGAGGCCUAGGAAGAAUAACCGCAAGAGGUACCAGAAUCGGGCGCGGGACCAGAACCAAGACCAGGACGAGGACCAGAACUACGAGCAAGACCACGAGCAACAGCAGAGACCUGGCGGCGAGGCCAGUGGAACCUAUCGUCGAAGCCCUCAUCGUGAAUAA